CUUGUUUAAAACAGUUAUUCUCAACAAUCUUGUGAUCCUCAGCUACUAAACCAGGAGUCAUCUCCUUUUACUUGAGAAACCAAACAAAUUUUCAGAACGACUAGUUUAUAAUAUUUUUCUGGGAUUAUUAACCCUAUGGUUAACCAAAAAAUUCACCCGCUUCAAACCUGAUUCUUGUGCUCAUUGGAGCCCAAGCAUAUAAUCAGUAUGAUAGCUUUGAGAGAGAAUAAACUCGUCGUCCGAAUUCAGUUGAAUGAGAGCAAUCCCAUGCUUUUCUUGCCUCCAAAACUUGUUAUACUUUUUAACCCUUCUCUUCUUCAUCCUCUGAUUGCACCAGUUUUCCUCUCUUAUUGCUUAUUUUUCUCUCCUUUAUGUUCAAUUAUUUUCUCUCUUGUUCGACAGAUAAAAUGGCGAGGCUUCCUUGUUGCGACAGAUUGGAUGUGAAUAAAGGAAUUUGGAAUGCAGAAGAAGAUGCAAAGAUGCUCGCAUAUGUAUCCAAGCAUGGAACAGGAAACUGGACUUCUGUCCCAAAAAAAGCAGGGGUUAGGAGAUGUGGCAAGAGUUGCAGACUCAGGUGGAAUAACUACUCAAGGCGUGAUCUCAGGCAUGAAAGCUUCACACCUCAAGAAGAGGAGAUGAUUAUUCGCCUUCACGCAACGAUCGGCAGCAGGUGGUCUCUUAUAGCACAACAACUUCCAGAGAGAACAGAUAACGAUGUGAAGAAUUACUGGAACAGUAAGCUGAAGAAGAAGCUCACUGAAAUGGGAAUUGAUCCUGUUACGCACAAGCCUUUCUCUCAAAUCCUGGCAGACUAUGGAAACAUGGGUGGUCUCCAAAAAUCAUCUGGAUCUCUUAGAAGAGAUUUGAAGAAUGCAUCGGUGCAGAAAUUCGAACAUUAUCAACCUCGACAAGAAGGAUUUUCCAGCAUCAAUUGUCAUUUUAUGACAACAAGAACAUUAUCAGCUGAAGUGGAAUCAAUCCAAGAUAGCUUCUUAAACGACAGCAGCAACAAUUCUAUGGAACUUCUCGCGCAGCUUCAGGCCAUAAAGUUUGUGACUGAAGCCUCAAAUUAUACCAACAAUGAAUCCAUAGCUCCACAUAUUAUAAACGAAGGUUCAUUGUCCUCGUCGCCAUCAUCUUCUUCCUCUACUUGUUCCACCGCAGCACAAACAGGCUUCAGUUGGCGUGAUUUUCUUGUCGAUAAUGCUUUUCUCCCACACGAUCUACAAGAGCAAGAAUACAUGGCUGAAUGCUCGUCCAACGACUUUAGGAGCCAAACACAGAGUCUGAUACCACAAAAUCAGUUCUUCAAUGAAGUCACUGGAAAAGAAAAUAUUGGAGUAAUAAGAGGAAUGGAUUUUGCAGACCCAAACAGUGGCUUCCAAACUUCAUCAUCUUCUAAUAGUUCCUUUGUGGAUGCUAUGAUUGAGCAAGAAAAUCAGAUGUUCUCAGAAUUUCUUGACCUUCUAGAGCAACCAUUCUAGCAAAGAGCAACCACUCAAGGACUGAGUUUCCCUGAAGUCUCAACGUUCAGUUAUUGCAAGAAACAUUUGAGGUCAUAAUAAGGCUUUUUCUCAAGUCUUGCAUUUAGGUUUGUAAUAGCUGCUAUUGAAUCUGAAAUCUGAAUCACUUAAGAAUUCUACUUCUAAUUUUUCCUCAAAUAAAAGGUGUUUGGCUUAACAUUUCCAUUUAAG